GGGCGGCGGCCAUCUUGGCGGCGGCCAUGAGCGGCUCCAGGGCGCGGGCGGCGGCGGCSACGCCGGGACCGGAUAAGAAGCCGCCGCCGGGGUCCGCGGGGCCGCUCAGCCGCCUGCGGGGCCGACGCGGAUCGGCCGAUGCGCCGCCGCGGCAACCCUGGACCGAGUCGGAGUUACUGGCGCUGGAGACGGUCCGACCCGAGCACGUCCUGGGGCUGUGCCGGGUGACGGAGAAUUAUUUAUGCAAACCUGAGGACAACAUUUACAACAUUGACUUCACUCGGUUUAAGAUCCGGGACCUUGAAACUGGAACAGUACUGUUUGAAAUUGCAAAGCCAUCUGCUUCAGAGCACGAUGAGGARGAUGAAGAUGACAGCAGUGAACUGGAUGCAAGUGCAGGUCGCUUUGUUCGGUACCAGUUCACCCCAGCUUUUCUCCGUCUUCGGACUGUUGGUGCAACAGUGGAAUUCACAGUGGGAGAAAAGCCAGUGUCAAACUUCCGAAUGAUUGAGAGACAUUACUUCCGAGAYCGCUUGCUGAAGAACUUUGAUUUUGAUUUUGGCUUCUGCAUCCCCAGUAGCAGGAACACAUGUGAACACAUUUAUGAAUUCCCUCAGCUCUCAGAAGACCUUAUCCGUCUGAUGGUUGAAAACCCGUAUGAGACACGCUCGGACAGCUUUUACUUUGUGGACAACAAGUUGAUUAUGCACAACAAGGCCGACUAUGCUUACAAUGGAGGACAGUAAUCAUUCUGUCUGCUGGAUGCUGUGAUGCCUUUAACCAUUCCAGAUGUGCAGGAGUGGACUGGAGUUGCUGUCUCGUGCAACAAGGCUUCUUGCCAAACUUUUUCUCUGUGCACGAGGCUGAGAACAUGAAGCAAAGAUGACGGCUCCUGAAAGGAAAUCUCCCUGCAACACCUCUCUCUCCGACACUCCGACAGCAUAUCCUGCCUCUCCUCCUCUGUUCCUGGCUAUCUUCUGAUACCUUGGUUAGAUCAGGGAUCAGAGGCAUUCUUAGACAAUUCUUGCUCUUAGUCUUUAUAGUUAGGUUGCACGUUUAGUGCUUCUSAUGUUUCACCUCUUGGGUGAAUAUCCUUUUCCAGCAAGUCAGGUUGUUUGUGUUAAGCUAUUUCCUAGGAGGAAAAUCUUAACCCCUUCAAGUAGCCAGUGAUGCCUGAAGACCAGAUCUCUUUUUCAGAUGGAUAGAUCAUCUCUUUAGUGUGCAGUGGUUUUGUUUGUGGCAUGGCUGAUAUUGAUUUCUAGGGUAUGUCCGAAUAUUCUCCAAUGGGAAAGAGACUAAUUCAGCUUCUAAGUUGUGCAGGAAUAUUCAUCUGCCUGUGGGGGCCUGAGCUGCCCCUAAGAACGUUUAAUCUUUGUGUGCCAGAGAUUUCACUAGAGAGAUGAGAUGGGGGGAAAGGGGCUAUCAUUCUGAUAGCAUUUCUGUUUGAGUUUUUGUGAGCAAAUUGUUGCAUUUUGAAGCUCAGGGGACAACCUUGGAGCUGAAGUUAGUCUCACUAUAUUUAUCAUUGCUCCUUCUUCCCUUUCUGUAGGAAUUUYGGCUCUUGCUAUACAGAAUAUAUUGCUUUUUAGGUGGACAGCCCAUUGUCAGCCUGCCUGGGGUGGAGGGGAGGUGUCAGUCUAGUGGGGCUUAGAGAUAAAAAUGAGAAUGUGGAAAAUCACUUGAAAAAUGAGUAGGAAGCAGAGCUUCCUAGGUUUCAGUCURUACUUGUGAACGUGACUGUUCUGUCAGAGGUGCUGUGAGCAGCACCAGCUCAUUUGCUUUGUUGCAGUGGAGGCAUUAAUAGCUAAAAGUUUCCCAGGUCAGAUAACUCAGUGUUAGGGAGUGGGAUUCUUGGAAAGUGAGAAUGUACAUGGUUCUCUUUAAUUCCCCAGCACUGCUCUGCCUACUCAACUGCUUAUUUAUGGUUUAGGAAGUUGUGAUGUCAAGGUUGAUACCACAGCUGURUUUGGGAUCUGGCAAUGGGAGAUAGCAUCAUGCAGUGGGAAGAGGAGGACCUCAGUCUUGCCCAUAGCCAUGCUGGGGCCCAGCUCCCAAUUGUGCAAAAUCUCAUCUCCCAAAACCCCCUUUUGCCAGUUUUGCUGGCUCUCGAGUCUGGCACUUUUCCUGUCCCCWUGCUGGGCUGGUCAGUCUUGUCUCUUGCUAGGGGGAGCUAGGUUGUGCGUGGACUAAAGACCUUUCCUAAUACUAGUUCCAUUWCUUCUUGAGACAGUUAAAACCGAACUCCUCAGUGGUUACCUGCUGUGUGCUGUGUUAAGUAAGAUUCCAUGUAGUUUGUAUUUAAACAGAAUUCAGCAGGUAGGGCAGCACAACCCAGAGCCUGUUAGUGCAUAGACAGCAACAGGAAACCACUGCCUUUACCUCCAGAUUAGUGAAAGUAACUUUGGUGUGGAAGAUCAGCUGGCAUCAGAGUAAGCAGUGAGAGUGUGUGGGGUGGCAACCAUGAAAGAAUCGCCAGCUCUUAGGAAGAUAUUUAAUUAUGAUUAACCACAACAAAUGACCUGUUCUGGGUGGAGCAUUAAUCAUGAGCAACCACAACAAAUGUCUUGGGAAUGUGGAGGGGCAAGGUCUGCCUGAUGGAAAGAUGAACAAUUCUGCUAACAUCAAUCCCCUCCAGCAUCASCACAGGCACUAGUACUGUCUUGUUUAGGAUUUUCAGGAUUAGUUAAAGCUGCUGGUGAGGUGGAGCUCGAGAUGCCUCUUGCAGUGAACACCUUCAGCAGCCCUCAUGCUGUGCUGCUGAGGUGGGAAGAAUUUGCUCCAGAUUACGUAUCACAAGGCAGAACUGCCUGGAAGUGUUUUUCAUUCUGAGGUGUUCAGAAAUAGUGUCUGAAGAGCCUACUAGUUAUUCCCUGACAAAUUWUAGCAUAUUGAGCUGAAUUUUGUAUGUAGUAUAAAUCCAGGUGCCUUUAAACAUUACUUUUAUAAUACUUUCUAUGUGAAGUAACCUCUCGCUUUUCUUAGGAGUGUGACGAUUCCCAUCUGUUUUCUCUGUGUAAAGGUUUCUCAAAGGCAGAUGGGCCCGUGGCCAGGGAGGACCGACCCGGCGGGGGCGCGCACGGAGAAAACGGGGACGAGCACGGGGCGCGUCCGCCAUCUAGCGGCUGCCGCUGCUCGGUCCCGAUAGCAAAACGGAAUUUCUGUCUUUGGCCAUCAGCAGAGGCGAGGAAAAAGCAUCGAAGGGGUUGCUUUCACACGGGUUAGUGUGUCAGUUAUUCAGCAAUAAAAGAGAGAGCUGGAGGAAAAGCGGGAGACUCACAGGCAGCAGUAACACCCCACAGUUGUUAGCUGAGUUUGUUUACUUUGCCAAAUCAGAAGGUCCUAAAAGCCCUAAAAGCAUGCUGCAGGAAAAAGAAAGUCCCUACAAAGGGCAGCUGAAAAAGUUGAUUGUAAUCCAGAAAGUCAGGGAUUUCCAAAMUCCUGUCCUUAUUUUAGUAGCUUCCCUAGGAUUCCUUCUCUCUUAGAUACUUUCUGUAAAGCCUCUUUUCUUUGUGGCAGGGAUGAUGUCUUUGGUAAGCAUGGUUAGCAGACGAGUUUCCUCCUGGAGUAUGUGCUCUGGUGUUUAAAUGAUGGGUCAAAGCUACUCAAGCCAGUGAGCUUGGAAGAAAUUCCACWGGGAUCACAUCCUUGACAGGUGGAUGGUGAGUCCUAGCCAGGUGCUGCAGGCAACGGAGAUGCUUUCAAUGUCAGCUGGCRUUUGAGCAAGAGAAAAGACUACUUCUCUCCAAUUGUGUGCUGAGUUGGAAAAAGAAAAGYGUUGGGAUCAUACUGAGUUCUGCUCAAAACUUUUUUUAAAAAAGGGACCAAAUUCACAAACUCAUGGCAUGUUUUUUCAGUAUUUGUCCUCUUAGUAUCAGAACCUCUUUUUCACAUUUUGAGGCAAGGGCUUUGGAUCCAUGCCAACAAACUUCCUGGAGAGCUAUUUUUGUUACUUGAGUGUGGAAUACAUACUGCACCUUGUGAAGGAAGGCCAUCUCUUGUUGUAUGGACUGGGUACUUCUGCCCUUGUCCUCUGUUUCUGGUAGAAAGUGUCUUCCUUUGUGUGUUUUUCUGAGGAUUUUCAAUGCCUCUUGUUGUAGAAAAGCAGCAGCCUUUUCUCUGGUGCCUGGGGAUGUUUAUCCCAUUAUCUGAGGUUUCAUGGAAAAAAAAACAAGUGUUUAGGAGUCAGAAAUGGAGGAGGAAGGUGGUGGUGAGGCAGUAAGGUCCAAAUGUAGCAAUUCUACUCAGCUCUGUGUUUCAUCACGUCCUCUUCAGUUGUUUCCCAGGCUUCUGCCGUGCUGUCCUGUGACAUGGAGCUACUUCGUGCUACCCCAGAGCCUGGCUCACUGUCGGCUGUGAACUUUGGACUUGCACCGUGCCAUCUCUUGUCCUUGCUGAGGACAAGGCUGAGUGAUGGCAGCCUGGCCAAGUCAGCACCUCUUGCUCUACAGCAGCAGGAAGAUGAACACCAGCAAACCCCCUCUCUGCCUGCCCGGAUCCACGUAUUUAUGUCUCUCACAGUGUGGCCUUGGGGCUGCUGGCACAUGGACUCCUCUGUGCUGUCCCCUCCGGACCCUCCUCUGGUGGCCCUGGCAGCGCCGAGGGGCUGUGGUGGGUGGCCGGGGUGUCCCCGCGGGCCCCGUGCGGUUGAGUUUGUCCAGCCGCGGUUUUGUCACCAGCAAUAGGAAUAAAGAACCUUCCUU